GGGACCGCGGCUGCUACACACCGAGCGAGCGCCUGGGCCCGAGGGGAGCGAUGCUGUGGUUCCAGGGCGCCAUUCCGACCGCCAUCGCGACGGCCAAGAGGAGCGGCGCGGUUUUCGUGGUGUUUGUGGCAGGCGAUGACGAGCAGUCUACACAGAUGGCUGCAAGUUGGGAAGAUGAGAAAGUGACAGAAGCGUCUUCAAACAGUUUUGUUGCUAUUAAAAUCGAUACCAAAAGUGAAGCCUGCUUACAAUUUUCACAAAUCUAUCCUGUAGUGUGUGUUCCAUCCAGUUUCUUUAUUGGAGACAGUGGAAUUCCCUUGGAAGUAAUAGCAGGGAGUGUUUCUGCGGAUGAACUUGUUAUGAGAAUUCACAAAGUCCGACAGAUGCACUCACUGAAAGGUGAAACAUCAGUGGCAAAUGGCAGCCAGUCAGAAAGUUCAGUGUCUACUCCAUCUGCCUCAUUUGAACCUAACAACACUUCUGAAAACUCUCAGUCCAGAAAUGUAGAGCUUUGUGAGACAUCACCCACUUCUCCUGAAACAAAGUCAGAUACUGCAACAGGAGGAGAAAGUUCCGGCCAUGCCACUCUGUCUCAGGAGCCUAGUGGAUGUUCCAAUCAGAGACCUGCGGAGGACCUCGCUGUCCGAGUGGAAAGACUAACAAAAAAACUUGAAGAAAGGAGAGAAGAGAAAAGGAAAGAGGAAGAACAGAGAGAGAUUAAGAAGGAAAUUGAGAGGAGAAAAACUGGAAAAGAAAUGUUGGAUUAUAAAAGAAAACAAGAAGAAGAAUUAACAAAAAGAAUGUUAGAGGAAAGAAACAGAGAAAAGGCAGAAGAUAAGGCAGCCCGAGAGCGUAUAAAACAGCAGAUUGCACUGGACCGUGCAGAGAGAGCUGCUCGUUUUGCUAAGACAAAGGAAGAAGUAGAGGCUGCCAAAGCUGCUGCCUUGCUGGCCAAACAGACGGAAAUAGAAGCUAAGAGGGAAUCUUACACAAGAGAAAAAAGCACCAUUGCAAGAAUUCAAUUCCGUCUUCCUGAUGGUUCUUCCUUUACAAAUCAAUUCCCUUCUGAUGCUCCUCUAGAAGAAGCAAGGCAGUUUGCUGCAAAGACUGUUGGCAACACUUACGGUAAUUUUUCAUUAGCAACCAUGUUUCCCAGGAGGGAAUUUACCAAAGAAGAUUAUAAAAAGAAAUUAUUGGAUUUGGAACUUGCCCCAAGUGCUUCAGUGGUACUCUUGCCAGCGGGAAGACCAACUACAUCCAUUGUACACUCUUCCAGCGGAGACAUUUGGACAUUGUUGGGGACAGUACUUUACCCAUUCCUUGCCAUCUGGAGAUUGAUUAGCAAUUUCUUAUUUAGUAAUCCUCCUCCUGCACAGACUUCAGUGAGAGUAACAUCAUCGGAACCCUCAAACCCUGCAUCAUCUAGCAAAUCAGAAAAAAGGGAACCAGUCAGAAAAAGAGUGCUGGAAAAACGCGGGGAAGACUUUAAAAAGGAGGGGAAGAUAUAUAGAUUGAGGACUCAAGAUGAUGGUGAAGAUGAAAACAACACUUGGAAUGGAAAUUCUACUCAACAGAUGUAGUGCAACAAGUACAAUAUGUGCAAUAAUCAUUGUUUCUCCUGUUAAUUCAACUAAAAUUCUACUGGAAAAGUGGACUGCUUUAUGUAUUCCAACUGAUUUAUAAAAUGUCUCUUUAUUCCUGCUUAGUGGGUGUGGGUUAAAGUUGUUUAACUCAGAAAAGUCAAAACAUAAGAUAACUGGCUGCUUGGUCCUUGCAUAUGGUAACCACUGCUAGAAUCCUAGAAGAAUCAACAGGCUUGCCACAGGCUGCCUCCAUCCGCUUCUUACUUAGUAUUUCGUAUACUCAUUAGCUCUGUGCUCUCAGAUUACACAUUUUGUUUAGAGCUAUUUUGCUCCAAGACUCUUAAGCCCACACAAAGUAACUGGUAAGUCACUGAGUAAUUUGACUCUGAGUCAGAGCAUUUUAACUAGCCAAUCAGAUGAUAAUUUAUGUUUAACUUUUCUUUUUGCUCAUCAGCUGCAAGCAGAAUCUUGUAGUUUUUAAUCUUAAAUACUGAAUAAAAAAUCUUUUUCAAAAAUCGGAAUGAUCUUAUUUUUGCUUUAAGUUUUGUUAUCCUAGGAUCUUUUUGUUGCACAGGGCUCUGGGGAGGUCAUGUGUCUCUGAUUUUUUUUUUCCCCCAGUACUGCCCUGGAGCUAUGCCAGGAACGUAGCUGGCCACCUUACCUUAAAUAUCACUGAAGAAAGAAAUGUUCUGACACAUACUGAUGCCAUGUCACUGUCUCUCCUAAGUCAGUGAGGCAUCACUUUACAAAAAGUUAUGGUAUGUUAAGGUCUUUGUUUUCAUUGGGUGCAAAACAGCUGCUAGUCCACAACCUAGUUUUCUCUCUCAUUUUUAUACUGAAGCUUUGUCCUCAGUAAUCACACUUCAAGGACCUAAAGUGCCCACAGGACAAGAAGUAUAGAAGACAUACCUUUAUUCAUUUGGUUAUUCUUAAGAAUUUGAAGGAGACAAUAAGAAUCUGAAGCUGACUUACAUGCUACUUUAUCCAUAAUGUUUUUGGUAGUGAAGACGACUGACAAUGUCUGAAAAUAGUGCCUCUGUUUUAGAUUGGAAGAUAGCACUCUUGAGCAAACAUACGGAAAGACUCUGACUUUAUUUUGUAAUGGGAGGAAGAAAUUUUCUCAGAGCGAACUUUUUCAUUUAUGAAAUAGCAGUGACUUUAAAAAAUGGUAAUAGUCAUUUUUGGCAAGGAAACAGGCUAUGCUGUUGGUAGGAAUGAAAACCAGUGUAAUCUUUCUGAAAAAUAUUCAUCAGAAACUUUAAAUAUUUCAUAUUCUUUGAUCUAAUAACUUGUUCUAAAGAAUCAUCAAAUGCAGACAGUGUUUAGGUAUAAACAUUAAGUAUUAUUUAUUUUACUCAAGAACUGGAAACCAACUGAAUUCCUUCUGCAGAAGUAAUUUUUGAUGAGGGGAAAUGAAUGGUAUACUAAUUAGCAACUCAAUUUACCAUAUGUUUAUUGAGCACCUGUUACAUGUUGGGGGGAAAAGAAGCAGGAUCCAGAGCUAUAGAGGGUGUCCUCAGCUUUGUAAACACAUUUUCUAUAUAGAUAGUACUAGGUAUUAAUAUAUAUGUAAAGAAAGAAGAAAACACACCAAAACAUUAAUAGCGGUAAGAGUGGUUAUAUGUGGCUUUAGGGAAUUUUUUUGCACCCUCAUGUUUUCCCAAUUUUCUUUAGUGACCAUACUAUUUCCAUAACUUAAAAAGUUGAGUUUGAAAAAGAAAAUCUCUCUAGCGAGCAUCCCAUUUAAGUAAGUUUGUCAUCUUUAAAAAUGCAGCAAUAUGUGAUAUUUUUUAAAAAAAAAACCUAUCAAUGGGUGUGACCCUACUAAUAACUAUUAGAAAUACAUUUGGAAAAACGUCAAGUACCUCAAGUCAGUUUGCCUUGAAAAAAAUCAAAUUUAAAUCCUAGAAAAAUGUACCUGAAAGAAUCCUUCAUAAUUUUUGAGUAGCAAGAUCCCUCCUCAAUUUUAUAUUUUGAGGUAUACAUGGCAAAAAAUUUAAACAGUAUAUAAGGCUAUAAAAUGAAAAUGAAGUCCCC